AUGGUGAAGGAGGGCUACUGGAUGCUGGAUGCUGUUAGUCAGGUGUUUCCUAAAGCACAUCAUAGAUGGCGCACCUAUGAAGAAGAAUUUCAUGAUCAAUUGAAAGUCAUGGGUGCUGUGUCUAAACAAGCUGCAAAGGAUUUGGUAUGGUACCCUGCACAAAACUGGUGCAGGGCUUAUUUUGACACAGUCUGCAAAAAUCACUCAUGUGAGAAUAAUUUUACCGAGUCAUUCAACAAAUGGAUUCUAGAAGCAAGGGCAAAACCUAUAAUCAAGAUGUUAGAAAAUAUUAGAAUCAAGAUUAUGAAUAGGUUGCAAAAACUUGAAGAAGAAGGUAAAAAUUGGAAAGGAGAUUUUAGUCCAUAUGCCAUGGAGUUGUAUAAUGAUUUCAAUAUCAUUGCACAAUGUUGUCAAGUUCAAUCUAAUGGAGACCAAGGAUAUGAGGUAGUUGAGGGUGAAGAUAGGCAUGUGGUGAAUCUUAAUAGGAAGAAGUGUACAUGUAGGACAUGGGACUUGACUGGUAUACCAUGUCCUCAUGCCAUUAAAGCAUAUCUUCAUGACAAACAAGAACCACUGGAUCAGUUGAGUUGGUGGUAUUCCAGAGAAGCUUACAUGUUGGUAUACAUGCAUAAAAUACAACCUGUUAGAGGUGAGAAGUUCUGGAAAGUUGAUCCUUCUCAUGCUAUGGAGCCACCAGAAAUACAUAAAUUGGUAGGCAGGCCAAAACUUAAGAGAAAGAGAGAAAAGGAUGAGGCAAGGAAAAGGGAAGGGGUGUGGUUAGCUUCAAGAAAAGGACUAAAAAUGACAUGUGGACAUUGUAGUGCAACAGGUCACAACCAAAGAAGAUGUCCUAUGCUUCAAAGAUCAAAACAACCAACCCAAGAUGUGCCAAUGUCAGCACCCCAAGCCAGUCAAGAAGAAUCUGAUAGUGUCUUCAUGCCUACUCCUGGCUUUAUUGCUUCUUCAAGUCAACAGAGUAUCCAACCUGCUGGUCCUUCAAAUUCAAAGAAAAUUGAAAAGAAACCUACUGGACCUUCAAAGUCAAAGAGAAAAAUAGUUGCUGAUGAAUCUGAGGAUGAGCAACAUGUUGCACCUUCAAGUGCAGUUGCUGAUGAGGAUAGAGGUGAGCAUGAAAGUGAAGACGAGCAGACAAUUCUAAGGCCGAAGGCAAUUUCUGAAGCUAGGACUAGGCUUCAAGCUAAAAAGAUACAGAUUCGACCAACUGGUACCAGGAGGAUUGGCUUCAAAGGAGAUGACAAUGGUGUGAGCAUUCCAACUAAUCUGCCAUACUCACCAAGAAAAUUGGCAUGGAAAGGAAAAGAAACUAUGACUUCAAAUCAGUUGACAGCUGAAAAGGAGACCAGAAUUGGCAAUUUGAAGGCAAAGAAAGGAAAAAAAUCUACGACUUCAGAUCAGUUGACUGUUGAAAAGGAGAAAAAAAUUGGCAAAUUGAAGGCAAAGAGGGGUGGGAAGAAGUAG